CAUACUAUUUAGUUUCACACUGCAGCAGCAAAGAUUCUCUUAUGUUUCACUUCAGUUUGUGCUCUGCCCUGAAAGCACAGGGAGGAUCAUUUCCUGCUCAUCUACAAUUACAGGCGAUAUUUGUAAAUGGAGGGAUUUCAAUGGCUGUGUGUCAAGAGAAACGCUUCGCAGGAUGAGUCCAGUCCACUCAUACCAAAGACAAAGGCAGCAAAAGCAGGAGAUGAGGAGCUUGGCCUGGUAACCAAUGGAUUUCAGACAAAUGAAGAACAGAACAAGAACAGCAAUGCUGCAUUUCCCAGAAUCCAGCCUAACUUCAGUUACUCUUUGAUGGACUAUUUCCUGAAAUACUUUAUGUUCCUGUGCAACCUGCUUUUCACUGUUUUGGGCCUGAUUGUUCUCACUUUGGGAGUCUGGGGCCUCAACACCAAAGAAUCGUUUGCCCAAGAGAACAUCGGCACUAUCGGAACUGACCCAAUGCUGAUACUGUUUAGUCUAGGCUUCCUGCUCACUUUGCUCUGUCUGACAGGGUGUGUGGGUGCCUUAAGGGAGUACUGCUGCCUGCUGAAAGUGUUCUCAGCCACAGUGCUGGUGCUCAUCACAGCUCAGGUGCUGCUUGCCAUUGUCGUCUACAGUGUGCGGGAUCAGAUCGCAGGCUACUUGAGGUCAGGGAUGUUAGCAGCCAUGGCUAACUACCAGGAUGAUCCGGAUGUGAGGUUCAUCACAGAUGAGAUUCAGUUCAGUCUGCAGUGCUGUGGGGCAGAUAACUACCGGGACUGGGGCGUCAACAUAUAUUACAACUGCUCUGCUCCAGGGGUCCUGGCCUGUGGUGUCCCUGCUACGUGCUGCAUCAACCCUUUGGAGAAUGGCACCGUGUGGAACUCUCAGUGUGGUGUGGGAGCCCAGCUUUUAGAUGAGUUCACUGCGCAGAGUGUCAUCUUUUUAGGUGGAUGUCUGGGCGGCAUCACCCACUGGAUCAACCAGCACGAGGGCCUGAUCGGGACGGUUGGAACCAUUGUUGUUGGGGUGGAAAUUCUGGCUGUGUUCAUCACCACACGACUGCUGGAGAGCAUCCAUUGGCACAAAACUCACCAGCUACACAGAGUAAUAAAUACAGCAGUUUAACAAGU